AAGCUGCAGUGGCAUUUUUCUACCGAGCAACUACAUCCGCAGCCGCUCCUUCACUUAGGCGAGCGCACGCGAGCAAUUCACUUCGCCUCAACUCGGCUUCAGUCGCAACUGUCGCUGGCAACCAGCGACUUCAUGUUGGGCUUCGCAAUCCUGAACAAUGGACGGUGACCCGGCAGUUGAGCCCGAGCUCGACUCCUUUAGCUUGACCUUUCCCCUGCCGUAUCGCGUGGCCUUCAUAGUCGUCCUGGCCACCUGGCUCUGGGGAAUCAAUCUGCACUACCUCGCUCGUCUCAAAAUCGACGUUCCUUCAUUAAUUCGCUACCCAUCACGGACUUCACCACUGCAACCACCGCACCACCUUUCAGCCUAUCGCCUGGCCACCGUGCUCUCUGCCAUAUAUGCCUUCUCGCUCCUGGUCUUCUGGGUCUUCACCCACCGCAACCCGGCUCUCGUGCUUGCCUGGGACUGGCUGCCGCUCACAUACCUCGUCGUUCUGAUCGGCGUCUUUCUCGCGCCCCUCAAAAACCUCUCUUCUUCCGGACGACAGCGGUUCCUACACACGCUGAAACGGGUCAGCAUCGGGGGCAUCGCCGAGGCGAAAGAUGGGAAGUUCGGCGACAUCCUCCUGGCCGACGUCCUGACCUCGUACGCCAAGGUAUUUGGCGACCUCUACGUGGCGCUGUGCAUGUUCCUGCACACAGACGGCUCGGCGACGGCGCGGCCGGACCGCAGCUGCGGCGGCACCGUCGCCGUGCCGCUGAUCAUGGCCAUCCCGAGCAUGAUCCGGCUGCGCCAGUGCCUGAUCGAGUACGGGCGGGUGCGCAGGGGCCGCAUGGACGAGAAGACGGGCUGGGGCGGCCAGCACCUCGCCAACGCCCUCAAGUAUAGCACCGCCUUCCCCGUCAUCAUCUUCUCCGCCCUGCAGCGGAGCUGGGGUCCCUCGCCCGCCCUGUACCGGGCCUGGCUGGCCGCCUGCGUCCUCAACAGCCUCUACUCCUUCUACUGGGACGUGACCAAGGACUGGGACCUGACGCUCUUCUCGCCGGCGCGCGAGCGCAACGCCCCAGACCACGCAUUUGGGCUCAGGCGGAGGCUGCACGUCGGACGGCCGGGCACGUACUACGCCGUCAUCGCGCUCGACCUCAUGCUGAGGUGCACGUGGAGCCUGAAGCUCAGCCCGCACCUGGACCACAUUGCCGACUUUGAGAGCUCCAUCUUCGUCAUCGAGUUCCUCGAGGUCUUCCGCCGCUGGGUCUGGAUAUUCUUCCGGGUCGAGACCGAGUGGAUACGGAACAGCGCCGGCAACGCGCUGCCGAUCCUGGGACAGGACGACAUCGGGCAGGGCAUACUGCUGGGGGAUUACGGAAAUGGGGCGUCCCACUACAAAGAUGAGGAGAGUGACUAGUGCCUUGCGAGGCAGGUAUCCUAGAUGGCCAUGUAAACAAUGAACCAAGGUCGGGGGAACUUGGCCAACAGGGCGGUGGAGGGAGACUCUCCCCGAUACUCCCCAGUCCCUCGUAUGAGAACUGUAUGAUUACGACGACAUUUACAGGCGUUAUUUUUUUAUUUUGUUUUUCAUUUUAUUUAACCUUACCAACAUGAUAGAGGAAAGACACAAGCGACAUA